AUGCCUCGUUAUAAGGAUACUAAUUCUUCUACUGACAAUAAGGAGGGUCAGGCUACGGAUCAAGGUGCAGCGGACGCAACAUCAAAGAGCACGGUUUGCUCUAACGUGGCAUACGGUAAGCCCACAAACGUACUACUUGCAACUGCAGUCAUAUUAGUCGAGGAUGAUAUGGGCUCGCGUUACCCGGCUCGCGCAAUACUGGACUCUGGGCAUUGGUCAGUCUGCGGCAAGAGCGAAGCAGCGGGUACGAGCAAUAAUCAGAUCUCGAGUUUCAUCGUACAGCAAACCAUUGAGUUUUUUGGUGUUACCAAGGGUGACGGUAGAUUUACCCACAACAUCAGUUCACACAACGAGAUGGGAGUUCCCAGAAGCCGCACUCGUCAGGUGAUGGUAGUGGCAUACGUCGAAAAAAUGUUUCGGCAGAUUAAGGUGGACCCUGCCGAUGCACCGCUGCAGAGCAUACUGUGGAGAUUCGAUUCAAGAGAAAUCGAGACGUACGAACUAACAACGGUGACGUAUGGUACCAAACCGGCCCCGUUUCUGGCGACUCGUACGCUAAAACAACUAGCCCAGGAUGAAAGGGAGAGAUAUCCUUUAGCAGCUCAGGCUAUUUCUGAGGACGUUUAUAUGGAUGACGUCAUUUCAGGGGCAGACAGUCUCGAAGCAGCGUAUGAAUUGCGGAAUCAAUUUAAUGGAUUAAUGGCCAGUGGGGGAUUUUUGCUUCGAAAAUCGGCAUCCAACUGUUCGGAAGUUUUGAAGGACAUACCGCAGGACAAUUUAGCGCUUCCGAAUUCCGAAGAGAUUUUCUGGGAUCAGGAUGAGACGGUAAAAACCCUAGACUUGUCAUGGCUUCCGAAAACGGAUAAGUUCAAAUUUCAAUUCAAUUUACCAGCAAUCAAGCCAGAUGAAAUUCUUACGAAACGUAAAAUUCUCUCCACAAUUGCGAGCCUUUUCGAUCCUGUGGGACUACUGGGGGCAACCAUAACAGUUGCAAAGAUAACGUUACAACGAUUGUGGUGUCUACAAGACGAGCAUGGAAAUCGGUUGGACUGGGACGCACCAGUACCGUUCAUGGUGGGUGAGGAAUGGCGCGAGUACCACAAGCGAUUAGCGUCAUUGAACGAUUUGCGUAUUUCACGUUGUGUGAUUAUACCAGGAGCAAGGGCGAUUGAAAUUCAUUGCUUCUGCGAUGCGUCAGAGAAGGCUUAUGGUGCCUGCAUGUACAUCCGCAGCACGGAUAACCAGGGAAAAACGUCGGUGUGUCUCUUCACGGCUAAAUCUAAGGUGGCGCCAUUAAGAGUACAAUCUUUGCCACGUUUAGAGCUCUGUGGUGCUUCACUUGCAGCUCAAAUGUACGAAAAGGCAGCAGAGGCAUUAAAUGGAUCCUACAGGGUUUAUUUCUGGACCGAUUCAACCUGUGUGCUGACCUGGAUCAACGCUAUUCCCACUACUUGGACUACAUUUGUAGCGAAUAAGGUCGCGAAAAUACAACGCAUUACAGAAAACCAAACAUGGAACCAUGUGCCAGGUAGUUGCAACCCAGCAGACCUAAUAUCCCGCGGAAUACAACCGGAUACGAUUCACUCAAAUAAGCUGUGGUGGGAAGGUCCGGGUUGGCUGAAGGAAGGGGUGGAGUCGUGGCCUCUUCAAGAUCCAACGGUUAAGGUGACAGACGUACCAGAAAAGCGACGUAGCACAGUGGCGUGCACGACUGUAGAGGAGAAAUCGUUUAGUGUUUGGUUCAUUUCAAAAUUUUCAUCAUACACAACAAUGAUCAGGAGCGCGGCUUAUUGGAGGCGGUUGUUAGUUGCAUUACACACUAAGGAUAAAGUGGAGAAUGAGUUUUUAUCGACGGAGGAGUUGAAGCAAGCUGAGUUGGUCAUAGUUAAGCAUGUUCAGCAGGAAACGUUCCAUAAGGAAAUAGCAGCACUGGCUACAGGAAAACAGAUUCACCGCAGUUCACCGUUGCGUUGGUUUAACCCUAUCAUCACAGAGGCUGGAAUACUUCGGGUGGGUGGACGAUUAAACUUCUCAGAUGUGGCAUACAGCACGAAACAUCCUAUUAUUCUUCCGGCAAAGCAUGUGUUGACAGAGAUUAUCAUGCGGCAUUAUCAUCAGAUAAACAAUGAUACCCUGGAACGGCAGCACUUGUUUGCUGAAAUUAUCGGUCAGCAAACGUACUCUGCUUGCGAAACGAGCGGAGAAAACAUUCUGAAGUAUCAAACUGUGUAG